AUGCAAAGCCAGAUAGGUGCUCUACAAGAGGAGGUAGCAUAUUUACGAUACCAACAUGGGCUUCUCCCUUAUCGGGAUAAACCCUAUCACAGACUUCAAGGUUAUCAGCAUCCGCGAGGUCAACCACAUUUCACUCAAUAUCGAGGUGGCCGUCCGCCGCCGACCAAGCCCAGAACAAAGCCAACGCCAGACUCGGGGAACCGGUCACCAUCGUGCUCAACCUCUCAUGCAUCAGCCACAAGGAAUCGGGCAUCUUCAUGCUCAGCCAGUAGUGAGCCAACGUCAGACACAAGGGGCCGGUUUACGUCAUGCUCGCCUACGGGUGUGCGUACUACCAAUACUCAGUACGACAGCUUAGCAAAUACUGCUACUACCCAUCACAUAGGAAAGG